AAACUCUUCCAUCAUACCAUCAAGCCUCAAGCCCGACCCUUCACAACCACAACUCCAUACAAAAUGCCUCUCCUCGCCGCCGGCACGGGCAAGCCCCGCGUGAUCCUCGGAACCAUGACCUUCGGGCCCGACCCCGCCCAAGGUGCCCGAGUGACCUCUCUCGACGAAUACAAAAAAGUGCUCGACACUCUCCAGCAGAACGGAUACCACGAGAUCGACACCGCGCGAGUCUACGUCGGAGGUCAACAAGAAGCUUUCUCCCGGGAAGCAGGCUGGAAAGACCGCGGCCUGAGCGUGGCUACGAAAUGGUAUCCUUUCCAAGCGGGAGCUCAUCAGGGCGACAAGCUCGAGGAGCAGUUGAACAAGAGUUUGGAAGAGCUGGGAACGAAUUGUGUGGAUAUCUUCUACCUGCAUGCUGCAGACCGAAGUUUGCCUUUCCAGGAGCCACUGAAGAAGCUCAAUGAGCUUCACAAGGCUGGCAAGUUCGUGCAGUUGGGAUUGAGCAACUUCACUGCUUUUGAGGUCGCCGAGGUGGUCAUGCUCUGUAUUCAAAACAACUGGGUCCGGCCUACCAUCUAUCAGGGAAUGUAUAACGCCAUUCAGAGGAACAUUGAACCCGAGCUCAUCCCGGCGUGUCGACGGUACGGCCUGGAUAUCGUGGUUUACAACCCGAUCGCAGGUGGUAUUUUCUCAGGCAAAUACAAGACCAACGAGAUCCCGAAGGAGGGAAGAUACAGCGACGUCAACGCCAAAGUCGGCCAGAACUACCGCAAACGAUACUUCCAAGACGCAACGUUCGAUGCGCUCCGACUUAUCGAGCCAGUGGCUGAGAAGCACAACCUCACAUUGCUGGAGAUUGGCUUCAGAUGGGUCGUCCACCACUCCAAGCUCAAGGUCCAAGACGGUGGAAAUGAUGGCAUCAUCAUCGGUGUAUCAAGUUUGGCACAACUGGAGUCGAAUUUGAAGGACAUCGAAAAGGGACCUUUGCCGGAGGAGGUCGUGAAAGUGCUGGACGAGGCGUGGCUGAUUACCAAGCCGACGGCAGCGGUCUACUGGCAUUUGGAUCUGGAGUACAAGUAUGAUACGCUCAAGGCGUUGUUGGCGUAG